AUGAACGACAUGGCCGACGGCGAAUCAUCCGGAGCGACCGAGGAGACCGAGGGCAAGACGACUGACAACUCGCAUGAUCCCGAUCCUGCCCUGCCGAUGCCGCCACUGUUGGCCCGUGACGCGCUGCCGCCCGCGCGCCGCCCACCAGCACCGUCUGCCUCGGCGGCUGCCCACGCGCAUCUGGCGCGCUCGGGCGCAGGCAUGAGCCGCUCGCUCUCGCGAGUCGCGUCACGGGUCUCGUUCCACGCGCCAUCGGACGGAGUAUGGAGCCCAACUGGUGGGUCGGAGACACUCUCGGCGUCCGAAGACGACGAGUCGUACUCACGAUCGGUGAGCCUCAACAUAUCGAGCGGCUCCGCGCUUCGGCGGCGGGAGCACAGCCUCGGCGCGCAGGCGAUACCAACAGGAGCAGGAACAUCACAGACACGCGCGGGCCUGCAGUGGGGUGAGCCUGAGGAGCGUGAGCGGGCACAGCUGCUCGAGGUGGACGCGCUCCCGCCGCGGGCCCGGUCGCUAGUGUCGCGGAUGGAGACGCUGCAGCGACUGCUUGACAGCGAGACCGAGGGCGAUGAGGUAGACGUGGCUCGGACGCUGCCGCUAGUUCAUGACGUGGCUGACUCGCUACGGUCUAUCAAGCCGACCCUCGCGUCGGCAGGCGGUAGCGGGCGGUCGGUGGCGGCCACACUCCACGCGUCGAUGGCUGGCCUUCUGGAGGCGCUCAACCGCGGCGAAGCUGCAGCGGCAGCGCGUAGCGGCGCGGCUACCGAGGUCUGUGUCCCAUCGACCCCGGCCGGACUCCUCCUCCAUGAGCUCAAGGUGCGCAAGGGCGAGAUCGGGCCGGAGAGCGUCCUUGUUGCCGCGGACGAGCAGAGCCGACCGGUGCUCCCGCUCCACCAGGCAGUCAAAGACGCGCUCUUUUACUGA